GAUUUGCUCCUAAUCAUUUCUAUCUCUGAAGCUCCAUUUUCGUUCUCUGGCAACAAAGAAUUUUCAUCUCUUCCAUGUCUCUCUCAGGUGGCGAUGAUGACAUGGAAAUGGACUUUCUCCGUGAUCGGUACCAGGACAGCAGAAACUUUGAAGUGUUUCUGAGUUUCAGAGGGGAAGACACGCGUGCUUCUUUCACUUCGCAUCUCUAUGCCGCUCUUCAGAAUGCAGGAAUCAUUGUUUUCAAGGAUGACGAGUCACUUCCACGGGGAAAGCAAAUUUCAUCCUCUCUGCGGCUAGCGAUCGAAAACUCUCCAAUUUCUAUUGUUGUUUUCUCGAAAAAUUAUGCAGAGUCGUGGUGGUGUUUGAAAGAGUUAGAGAAAAUAAUGGAGUGUCACAGAACCACAGGGCAAGUGGUGAUACCAGUGUUCUAUGACGUUGAUCCCUCUGAAGUACGUCAUCAAAGAGGCGACUUUGGAAAAGCAUUUCAACGUCUUUUGAGCAAGAUUUCGAAAGAGGAAGAGGAAAAGGUGCUGGAUUGGAAGCAGCGUUGGAGGAAGGCACUUGGUGAGAUUGGUGGCUUCUCAGCGGUUGAAAUCCUAAAUUCCAGCUUUGGAAGGGUAAACAAACCCUUGGAGCAUUGGAAAGAGGCACUUUCUAAGGUUGCUCAGAUCCCAGGGGUUAUAGACUUAGAUCCAAGGGGGAAAAUGAAGAUAGCUGAUAUGAUAGACUUCCUCGUGAAUACGUGGAUAUGGGGACUUCAUAUAGGUGCUCAAAUCCCAAUUAGAGAAAUGGAGAGUGAUGAUAAGAUAUACUUCCUUUUGAAGCAAUGGAGAAAGAUAUUUUGGGAGCCUGCUAGCUUUUCAGAUGUUGCAUUCUUAGAUCCAUGGCUGAGCCUUGGGAGGUAUGUGACAUUUUCAAGGACAAACAUUAGGUUCCUCCAAUUCCUAGCCAAAACCGGACAUAAUGGCUCAAGGAUGAAGACUGAUGUUGAAAUGUUGGAGAGAAGAUAUUGCAAUCUUGAAUCUUGAAGACAAGACAUUUGAACAUUGUAUCUAAACAUCAUUUAUGAAAUUGAUUACAUAUAUGCAGUGGGGAAAUGGAGAUUUCUAAUGUGAUAGAAUUCCACAUGAAGCAUUGUAGGGAGGCACUCUUUGAGGCUGCCAGAAUCACAG